AAGCGUGUUCGGGGCCGGAAAAUCGCACCCAUUACCUCGCGCGUGACCGUGUCUUUGGAAGUGGGCAUUCGAAGUUAUCGAUCCUCUUCCCGUUUCGUUCCGGAUGUUGCGGGAAAGACGGUCGUUGCGUUGGUCCGGUUAGUGGUUCGGUGUGCUAUAAAGUGGCCACGCGUAGCCCGUGGCCGUGCCCGAAAUUGUGUGAAUUCGAGGAAGAAGCAUGCAGUGGUAGAUGCACACACAGAAGAGCGGAAAAAAACGCCAAAUAGCGGAUCUUUCAAAAUGCUCGCUGCUUCACAGUACGCGGGUACGAACGUCGUAGUUUAUUUUUUGCUGCCCCCGUGUGGAGUUUCCGCUACUCGCCGUAUACCGAAAGGGAUGCAUACGUACACGACGUACACCAACGCAACCACAGAAAACCAAGAACGGCAAACGGAGCGGAAGAGCGAGAGCGAGAGAGAGAAGGGAAAGCGCGAGAGAGCGAGAGAGCAGCAGCAGUGAAGGCGAGAAGGCGCCCAAACGACGAGCAAAUGAGCGAAAUACAAUGCUGCUGCUGCUGCUGGCCAGCACCACCAGUUUCGCUGUGUGUUAUGUUGUUUAGACCGUGCGCGAUUAUGUACGCCCCGCGUGUUCGGCUUGCUGGCUGGCUGGCAACGGCUGUGAUGGUGUGAAACUAUGCUGACUUCACAGUGAGAAGAGCGUGCAGCCGCGUUACUCCUGCUGCCGCACUGUGUGCCUUCGAUGUCCCCCCAAGAAGUAUCGAAGAAAACCAAUCAUAAAUAGUUUGGAAAACACACACACACUCACACCAUGAGAGAACAUAGAAACGGGAAAAAAACGCCGAACUGCCGUGAAUCUCGUGCAAAAGAACAGGAGUAGACAGAAGGGUUCCUUUGGUGGUGUGCUGCGGCGACGACCAAUCAAUCCGUCUCGCAAAUAGCGUUGCUACCACCGUUGCACCGGAAGCAUACUACGAGCAAACAAACUUCCGGAAUCGCGGCACGGGGAUUGGCUGUGUGGCAGACAGGAGAAACAACAUCUUUCUCUUCUGCGGGCCUCUUAAAACAUUGACGUUUCUCCUAUUCCUAUGCUUCACCACCAUCUGGUGGGUACGCUCUUUGUUCGAUACGAUUUCGCCUUUCGGUUCCGUCUUUAUUUAUCCUUAUCGCGAAGCAGCCAGUAGUGUAUGGGACACGGCAGAAGCAAGUAUUGGUCUUCCCGGACCGGAUCGGAACCCUGGCCGUGCUUCAGAGUCGAAGGGCAUGUUUACCACUUUUAUCGGCUUAAUUGUCACCAAAGCAAGAACCAUUCGCGGACGCUAACGGAAGCUUCCCCAAUUCUUCUAUCAUUCAUGAAUUUUAUAGAUAUUCAAUCAUGGUGGGAGGUGCCCUGCAUUGCGCACUUUUGUUCGCUGUUUAGUACCACCUUCCAGCUGCCUAAGUUUGACAUUGAGGAUCUUGAAGAGGCCCUUCUCACAGAUGCCGAUGCCGAGGGUGAAGUAGAUCUGAAAGUAUAUUCCGCGCGCCUGCUGCCGGAACUGAUCGUUGCACUGUUGAAGGGCUGUGACGCGCUUGCACAGAUAGGUUCACACAUCAGCUCCAGCAACUAUCAGAUGUUCCUGAGGCGUCUGUUCCGUCAAAAAUGUCAGGAAUAUAAUGUGGAUAACCCGUUCAACAGCGAUACGGACUUUGAAAAGUUACCGCUGCGCACCAAGAUCCUGAUCUUGAAGUAUCUGUGCGAUUUUCGCCUCGAUUCCGAAGACGUCUGCACCACCUUUGCCAACUACGAGGCGGACAGUCUACGGCUGGAACCGAUCGGCUACGAUCGUAACGGAUCUUCUUACUGGCAUUUUUUUGGCACACGCUUAUACCGCGAAGAUUACGUUAGUGGUGGCGGUAAAUCCAAGUCCGCCAAAUCAUCCGUCUGGCAGGUGAUUUGCUUCACCGAGGAGGAUUGGCGCAACCUAGCGAACAAGCUCGACCAGUCCGGGAACGCGAAGGAGCGCAACCUGCACGAUCUGCUGGUGGAAAACUUUCUACCGUACAUUCCGAAGCUAUUUCGCGACAAGGAGCGAGAGCGCCGCAAUAGACUUUUCGAGCGGCCCAGAUCGACACGCAUCAAACUUUUGCAGGAAGGGAAAAACCUUCGCCUGCAGGAGCAACAACAGCAGCAGCAGCAGCUACAAAAACAGGCGGAGGAGCAGAUCACCCGCGAACGGCAGAACCUUGCGGAGGUGGUGCCGGCACCCGAAAGAGCCCAACUGCUGUCAGAAGCACGUGCAAAACGCGCCGAACGACGAUCUCGAUCGAGCUCCGUCACAAGUAUAGUUUCGCCCUACGCUAGCACCCCAGACGAGGCAUCAUCCCUUCUCACGCGUGAUUUUAUUUUUCAGCCAAAAGAAAACGCAUUCCGUAGCAAAGCAAAUAGCCCCUACUACUACCCUUAUCGCAGCCCUACCACUAACUCGAGAGGUUCCACUUCUCCAUCAGUAGGUUCGCUGUGGGAAGCAAGCCACGAGGCGCGGCACCACGCACCGUUGCUGCAGCACCGUACCGACGACCGGACGUCCUCCACACCGUCCCGAUCAAGUUCCGGCGAAUCGCCCGGUCUCGCCAGCGGCUCGGAAGAUAGCGACGGCCAGUGCGACAUUAGCCGGCGGCCGGCGAUCUACAGCGAUUCGUACUACAUUGUCCGCCACCGGGAGGACAGCGAAAGUGUCCACAGCUUCAGCGAUAUCGAGGCGGAGAACAACAUCAACAGUGGCAAUACGGACAGUACCGCGACCGGCAAGCAGCAGCAGCAGCUGGUGGCUGUGGAACCGUCGGAACCGUCCGCCACUAAAGCGCUGUUGCGUCAACAGCAGCCGGCGGUAAACAAAGCGGUACGCAAAGCACGUCAACAACGGGUGGUGAGUGGUGAGGUGGAGAAAUUGCUACGCGCCAACCACAACAUGGCACCGACCGCGACGAAGCUACCCGGGCGCCAAACGAACAACUCCCUCUCGUCCGUUACCGGGCCCGUCAUACUGCCGUUCAGCGAUGCACCGGCGAAGGGCACGGCGGCGGCGGCGGCGGCGGCGACGGCAAGUGGUGGUAAGGGAGGUGAAGCUGCACCACCACCGGGCACAAACCAGGGCCGGAAAAAGAAGGGAAAAGCUACCACUGUUAUAACAAAUGCUGCCGCCGCAACCUACACCACUAGUUCCAGCUACGGUAGCAAAACCAGCUGUUCCUCAACUUUCGUCUCAUCGUCUCUUAGCUUUACCGAAACCGAUGAGGUGCUGCAGAUCGGUAUGCACAAGGUGCUGGAAAGCAUCAAGAACCACGACGACGCAUGGCCGUUCAUGGACCCGGUCGAUGAGGACAUUGCGCCGAAGUACUACUCGAUCAUACGAAGACCGAUGGAUUUGCAAAAGAUGGAAGAAAAGCUAGACAACGGCGAGUACAUGAUGUUCGGUGACUUUCAAAACGAUUUCAAGCUGAUCGUCAACAACUGUCGGCUGUACAAUGGACAGGCAAACGAGUACACGGAAAUGGUGAACAACUUGCAGAUCGCGUUCGAGCGUGCGCGAAAAAAAUAUUUCGACGAAAACUCCUCGGACGAGGAACUGAUGAUGAGCCACGAGUACCCGGACGUUAGCCGGGCGAAUGCUGCGUUUAAAGAAAAGGUUUCCUCAAAGGAGCACAGCAAACCCAUCGCUUCGUCCUCCUCCUCCUCCUCGUCAUCCGACGCAGUCAAUGGUAAAAACCAUAACCAGCAGCAGCAGCAGCAGCAGCACGGCAGAGGAGCAACGGGCAAGGAGGGUGGCGCGAAAGAAAAGUCCAAGAAAAGUGCAAACAGUAGUUCCGCCAGUGGUGGCAACAGUAACAGUAGUGUAAGUGCAAAGUCUAACACCACCAGCACCAGCGCUCCCAACUCCAAAGAUAUUAGUGCCGACCCUUCCUACCGGGGGACCGCCUCCAACGACAAACCGCCGGCGGGGGGCAAAGAAUCGAAAGCAAAGUCGGUGAAAGGUGGUGCGGCCGUGGAAAGGAAGGGUGGAAAAAAUGUGUCGUCGGGUGAGAGGAAGCAUCAUACGGCCGCCACCACCACCGGGUCCGGUGGGUCGCGAAAGCAUAAAGCAAACAAACCACCACCGGAAGAAGUGGGCUCGGAGCUGGAACCCGAUCCGGAACCGCCGGAAAAGGGUAAGGGUGCGUCGCGAGUGAACAAAGCGGUUAAACGCAAACGCAAGGAAAGGGAGAAAACUGAUAAAGUGAAAAGCAAAAGGCAAAAAGUCGAAGCCGGUGGUGAUUACAACAGCAACAGCAGUGAUGUGGACGUGCCGGAAGGCGAUGCGAUGGACGUUAACAGUGAGGACGAGCAAGGGUGGAGUGAACCGGAGCGGAAACGGUACAGAAAGGAUCAGCGGACCGAUUCGAACGAACCGGUGGUGGUUGGUGGGGUGGGAACGCAACAGGGAACCGCCGGUGGGGAAGAGGUGAAAAAAGAACCGCAAGAGGAAGAAGAUUUCCCAGUGUACGAAAGUAAGAAGAAGGCAGCGGUGAAAGCGUUGCAGGAAAAGGAAAAGAAGAAAAACAGUGCAAAGGUGAAGAAGGAGGAAAAGAAAGCGAACAAAGCACCGAAAGGGGGAUGCCCCUUCAAGGGAGGGAAGGACGUGCGGCGGGAACCACUUUCCCCCGCACGUGGGCUCGGAUCGCUUUCCCGAUCGCCCAGUCCAACGGUGGGCGAGGAUUCAGCAGCGCCGCUCACUAAACAUCGCUCACCUCAGCGAUCGGCAUCGUUAAGCCCAAAGAAGAAGGAUAACGCACGCGAUCUGUCCUCCGAUGGUGACGAGGGCGAUCGUCACACGACGCCUGGUAAGGCAGGGUCCAAAAAGGAGAGGGAGAAAAAUGGCACCGACGAGGACCAUCAUCAGAAACAGCACCGGAAGGGGAAUGGCGGAAAGGUUGGCGGCGGGGGCGGUACUGCUGCCAUUGCCGUGGCAAAGUUGGAGAAAAAGACAAAAAAGUCAGGCGUCGUCCUUUCUGCCUCGGCAAAGAGCGGUGGCAAAGGGCGGCAAAAGAAGAAGGCGGCGGUGGGAAGCGGUAAACAACGAGCGGCACCAGCGCCAGUGGAGGAAGAAUCUGAGUGUGAAGCUUUGCCGGGAGAUCCGCCACCACCACCGAGUGUCCACCACACCAACGGCGAACGGAACGAUGCGUCCGACGGGAGCGAACUCGAGGAUAUCGAGGACAGUUCCGAACGAGAAUCGCCAACCAAAAGCUCAUCCGAUAAAUCGAAGAGCAGGAAGAGCAAAGCGGGCAAGAAAAAUGUCAGCAAACAGAAGAAGAGUGGGAGCAAAAGUGGUAAGGCGAAGGGUGGCAAGGACAAGAAGCUGGACAAAAAAUCGCACAAACGCGAUAAAGUUGGAAAGGGUAAGAAAAGGUCAAAAGCUUCGAGCGGGAACGAUCACCGUGCUGCUAAGGCUGGCGAUGAGCAGCAGGAAACAAUUUCAAGCAUCGGUGAGGAGGAAGACGAUCGUGCGGUCGUGGAUUUCGAUCGCGAGAUGGACGACCUGAGCGAUGUGGAAAAAAGUGCCUCCAAAGCCGUAAAGCAGCGGCAAGCGAAAGAUGCACGGCACGCCGCAGCACAGCGAUCGGUGUCACGCUCGCCAAGCCCGGCCAGAUCGUACUAUUCCGACGAUCGUUCGAUGCGCGACAGUGGGGAGGAGGAGGACCGUGGGAUGGAUGAUGCUGGUGCUCGAAAUGCUUCGCCAGACAAGCGAACGGACGGUUUCUUCGCGGACACCAGCCGGUCCAUCACACCCGACAUAAAGGAUAAGUUUGAUCUCAUCAAGGAACGCCGCAAUCGGGCGGCGGCAGCAGCAGCAGCCGCGGCCGCCAGUAAAGCAAUGGCUAAAAAGACCAAAGCUAAGGGGAAAGAUGGCGGGACCGCGGGAGCCGCUACUGUUGCGGGCGGGAAGAAAGGUAAAUCGUCCAAGGGUAACAGUAACCGUGGUCAAAAGCAGCGCGAUGUGGUGGACGAAAAUGCCGGUCUCGGUGCAAGUGCCUUGCCAGCCGGCAGCGGAAACAAGCAGCCGCAGCAGAAGAAAGGCGACGAUAAGCCUUCCUCCAGUGAGAGCAAACCCACCAAAGGGAAGAAAAGUCGGGACAAGACGGCGAGUAGCGGCGAGUCGGGGGGAGGAGUGUGGGCCAAACCGGCUGAUAAGAAACACGCCCGCCCGCCGGCUGCCGACAGCUCGAAAACGAUCGAUCGAAGUAACGAGUACGACUUUGUGGAUGACAGCCUUACGUCGGACGCAAAGGCGGAUAAGAACCACCACUCGUCGAAAUCAUCCGGCGCCGCUGCUGCUGGUGGAAACACAUCCGGGAAGGCGGGAAAGAAAUCGGCGAGUGCUGUAGGCCAGCAGUCGAAGUCGAACGCGAAAUCGAACGCGCCAUCUGCAUCCAGCAAGCAGCACUCGAAACCGCCGACAGCAGCAACGUCGGCCACGGCCGGUGCCAACAUGGAGGAGCUCGAGCUAGAAACCGAACAAACGUUGAAAGACAUCAACAAGUGGUUGGAAAAUACGCCCCGCUUUCCCGAGUACAGCUCGGCCAGCAAUUCCCCGUCGCGGUACAUCAUGGACGAUUUCGACACGGUGCCGGUAAAGAUCGAACCGGCCGAUUUUCGUAAACCGAUCCCGCUCUCGCAGCUGCCCGCAGCCAAUGAAACCGCUGCCACGGGGCCGGUACGUGGUGCCAGCCCAGGCCUAGCAACGAUGGCAGCUCCUCCGAAAGCAUUUUCACCCAGAGCAGCCGCAAAGGAUCCUGGCAAGCCGUCCGGUACAAAGGUGCCAUCGAAAGAUGGCACUACCGCUGCUGCUGCUAAAAGUGAGUCGGCGGGAACGUCUGAGCCAGCCACCGUUGCUGGCGCUUUGAAGGACACUACGAACAGCAGCAGCACCGUUGGAGGAUCGAGUGGGCCAGCAGCCGGUUCAUCAUCUUCUGCCGUUCCGAGCAAAGCUCACACCAUCCUAGGUCCACCGCCAAUAAUUCCGCCGCACUCCCAGAAAAAGGAACCCAAAGAACCGAAGCGAAAAUCCUUAAAAGAGAAGCUCUCCCAACUCGGCACCGGUGGACGCAAGCGUGAGCUUCAGCAUCACCACCGAACGACGAUCGAUCGAUUGCAGCCGGGCAAAACCAAAGGCAACCUCAUCGGUACGAUUCAGAAUCUCAACAAACCGGAUGAACUGUUCCCGCUCGGUGGCGGUGGCGGUGGUGGUGGUGCUGCUAGCGGUGGAGCGGGUGGCAGCGGUGGUGCCGGUGGCAACGCACUGCUCGGCAAGGUAAAGGAGGUGAAGAAUUCGUUGAUUGUGAAAACGGAUGAAUCGAAACCGAAGCUAAGCCUCGGCACGGUCCUCAACACGGAAGGGUUUGGAAUCGUGCAGCAGCACAACUUUGCCGAUGACGAGGAGGACAAUGCGGAGGGUAAGAAGGACGAUGGAGGCGAUGAGGAUGAUCCGAUGCUGGUUUCGAUCGGUAGCGGUGCUGUGAAGCCUCUCAUAAGCUCGCUGGUGAAUGUUGGGGGCAGUUCGCCAAUCGGGAGUCGGGAUGGAGCGAAAUCGGGUUCGAAGAAGGAUGAAGCUUCCGGCAGCAGCUCAACAUCGACAAGCGAGAAACCUGAGGCUAGUGGUGAUCCCGCUUCCGGCGAAACUAAGAGCUCGUCCGCUUCAACCGUCGUGGAGAAACCCCCCUCGCUUGAGGAUGGAAAAACGGGCAAGGAAGAAGCUGGCGGCAAGGAUUCGCUCAACACUACUACCACCAAGGGCAAGGAUAGCAAAUCGUCCGGGACGCCUAACCUUAACGCCUGGAUAAAAGCGUUCGGUGCGCCCAAAAAGCCGAAGAAAAACGAUGACACGGACGAACAUCCGGGCAAAGGUUCACCGGCGGCGGCAAACGAUAAGGGUAAGCUCAACGAGCACAACACCUCCACCCAAUCGUCCUCGAACGAAUCGUCGUCUGGGAUUGGUAUGCUUCCGACCAUGCCCGGAAGUCUCGAAAGUCCUAGCUUCCCAACACUGCCGACGGUUCCUCGGCAGCGAAAGGCCAGCACGGGCAGCACGGUAAGCGAACGCUCGUCCUACAGUCAGGACCCGGACAGUCCUCGCAUUGGGAUCGAUGAGCGGCUGGGCCCGUACCCUGCCCCGUACCCAAGCCCGAUCGGUGCCUCACCGAUCAUGACGUCUCCAAAGCUGGACGAAACGCAGAAGAGUCCGUACCAUCCGCUGAACGGUGCGAUCAAGGUCGGUUUCUAUCAGGAUACCACGCAGAAGAGCAGCCCGGAGAAGAGCUGUAGCCCGCGGGACCUUCCAUCGCCGUACCCGCAGUACUCGCAGCAUCUCUACACAUCGAAUGCUGCUAACGCUUCCUCGAACAAUACGACAGCCGGCGGGAACGGUUCGAGCAAUACAAACAUGGGCAGUAACUCCACCGUGUACGGUAGCUACUCAUCCUACGGGCCGUCGGCUGCUUCCGCCAUCGGGUCCACCAAUUCCAGCAACAAUCCCGCAUCCGGCAGCAUUGUAGCGGACACGUUCAAGGGCUACGGAAAGGAGCUUAAAUCACCCGUCGAUUUCUACGACCAGUACAAACAACCGGCGUCGCAGGAAUCGGACUACAACUCGUCGAUGAGUCCCAGUACAAAUCCCAACUCUCCCUACCACAACCCAGCCUCGUCGCCCUACCAACAGCAACCCAACAGCCCGUCCUGCUAUCAGCAGCAAACGCCGGCGUCUUCCUCUCCCUACGGCCACCCAUCACCGGCGUCUUCGGGCGGUCCGCUCUCGCCGUACAAUGCACCGGCUGCCAUUCCCCACAGUCCGGCGGCACCGACCGGUCAAACCGCUCCGGCGGGUGCCAAUGCCAGCGGUCACUCGCCGUACAACCCCGCCCAGGGUCAAUCGCCUUAUCACGCCAGCAGCAAUCAGACCCCGCAAUCGGCAUCCACGUCUCCGUCCGGUGGUGGUGGUACCACGAACACGGUGGCCGCUGCCGGUCAACCGAAGCUCCAGUCCAAACCAAAUACACCGCUGCACCAAAGCCCAAACUCACCGUUUUCACAAUCAAACCAAAGUUCGCCCUACUCACAGCAAGACCCGAACUCACCGUACUCCUCCCAGGGAGGCCAACUGUCACCGUUCCAACCGAUGUCGCCCAAGCCUCCGCCGAGCUCGGGUGCUUCCGCAACGGCCGGAAAUGUCAUCAGCAACAGUAACAACAGUGGUAACGCUAUUAAGCUGGCUCCUCCCAUUAUAACUCCGCAACAGGCGGCUGCUGCCGCUGGUGUGAUCCUGCCGCCCGAAUCGCCGGUUCACUCGCACACAACACAACCCCCCUCCACAGCGUCGGUUGGGCCGGUCGGCCAGGCACAGAACUUGACCGGCACCGGUGGCAGCAGUCAAACUGCAAGCACGGCACAGGGAACAGCGAUCGUACCACCGUCGUCAGCACCGAUGCAGCUGAACUCCCAUCAGUCGCCCUGGACCGCUCACCACAACCAGUACAAUCCGUACCUGAACCAUCCGGGCGAUACGGCUGGCGGUAGCAUGUCCUCGUCGUUGCCACCAGCACCGGCACAUAUGCCACCGUCCCAGCAGGGCCAUCAUCUAAGCAAUGUGCACACGCAUCCAUCGCCUGCCCACUCGCAACAACAGCAACAACACCAACAGCAGCAACAGCAGCAACAGCAGCAACAGCAGCAACAGCAGCAGCAGCACCAACAACUACAACACCAACACCAGCAACACCAACAUCAACAACAACAGCAACACCAACAAACGAAUCAUCAGCAGGCGCACGGACAUCAUUUGGCGACGGCUCAACAGCAACAGCAAAGUCACCUCGGCAACCUGUUGAUGGGGUCCAACAACAAUCCGUACACUUCCACGUACGGGCGCCCGUACGAUCUUAACUCUGCGUCAGCGUCAUCAUCCUCCGCAGCAGCCGCGGCAGGAUCGGGCACAACAACGGUGACGUCCAACAUUGAUCACCAUCACGCGCAACAGCAGCAUCAUUCGCAGCAACAUCUUCACCAUCAGCAGCAGCAGCAGCAUCCUAGUUUAAGCGGUAUCAGCAGCAGCAGCAACAAGAAUAGCCCCAGCACCAACAACAACAACACUUCCAAAGUACCUGAAAUGAUUAAUCUAGGCUAUAGCGAACCCGAAACCAACACCGCCAAAGCUUCGCAGGACGUACCGAUGAACAUGGAAGCGUCGGGCGGAUUGGGCAAGGAGAAGGUGGACGGUACGAAAGACAACAAACAUCUGCAGCAGCAGCAACAUCAACCGUUCGAUCAUCAUAUGGGUGGCAUGGGUUACGGCAAUCCGAUGGACAUAUCGAUGAGCAAAUCGAAAGCGUUCGAUAUGUUUAACCGGGCCGCGACGAUGGGUUUCCCACGCGGGUUCGGUGCGCCGACCAACAACGCCGGUGGUGGGUACGAUCAUCGUACGACCAUGCAGCAACCGGCUAACAUAAGCAAGGCGCACGAUAUGACCGGUGGCGGCGGCAGUGCUGGAACGGUGUCCUCCAGUGGGUCCACCUCGUCUACGACCGGUUACAACAUGCAACAGGCAUCGGUCGGAGCCAAAAAUGCCACCGAUCAGUCCCAUCUUCCACGGUACGAUCAGCGCAGCCCGCAACAUUUGCAGCAACAGCACCAACAGCAACAACAGCAGCAGCAUGGUGCAGUUUCGGGAUCGGCGUCGUCAGGAGGCAACACGACGGAUCUGAGCAGCACGGGAGGUUACAAACCGUACGGCGGCACGUCUUCCACACCGGCCACCUCAUCAUCGCUGAUGGAUCCAACGAUACGCAAUCUCUCUUCCCUAUCGUCCCUGUACAAUCCGGACGAUCGGCUGCUCGGUGGUCCGGGUGCUGCAAGCGGCACCUCUGCCGGCGGUUCCAGCGCAGGAUUCUACGACAAGGGGAGCAUGCCUCCGGCAGCUCACAUGUUCAGCAAGAACCUGUCUCAACCACCUGCAUCAUCAGCCGCCACCACGUCGUCAGCCGCUGCGUUGCAGCAAAUGUUCAACAACACCAUGGCGGCCACCACGAUGGCGGCGUACAAUGCGAACCGGGGCGAGCAGUCGAAUGCGGCUGCGUCCUCGUACGUGCCAUCGCCCAACUAUCACCAUCCCCAACAGCAGCAUCCGCAGCAGCAGCGCAACGAUAUGCUGAGCGCGGCCAGCCUUCAAUCGCAAAAGCUGCCGCACAAUGCAAACGUACCGUCCGCAACGGGUGGUGCUGCCGUUGUCAACGAACCGGCGCCACCUCCGGCGAAACCGAAGCGAACGAGGAAAAAGAAGGAUCCAAAUCAGGACCUAAUAGCCCAGCAGCAGCAACAGCAGCAGCAGCAGCAGCAGCAGCAGCAACAACAGCAGCAAUCCUUGCAUCAACACGCGAUGCAUGCGGCCGCCCACCAGCAGCAGCAAACGCUCGGAGCGCACCAAGGUUUCCCCUCCUACCCGGGACUAAAACCAUCGAGCUCGUCCGCAUCCGGGCCCGGUGGCCCGACCGGCAUGGGUCCGUCGUCUACCGCACCCGGAAAUCCCGCAAGCAGUGGCGCCGAAACGUCCGCCAUUUCACUCAAAACAGCCAACAUAGUGCCGGGUAGCGCCUUCAACUUUGGCCCCGGCCCAACCGGGCUCGGUCUGCCACCGGGCAGCCUUUACGGUGACACCUCCGCCAGCACCUACCUAGAAGACUCGUACCGCAACCCACAAAACCCAUACUAUCUGCCACCGAGCCACCGGGGACCUGCGGCGGCGGCGGCAGCAGCAGCAGCAGCAGUGGCAGCGUCAGGAUCGUCCGGCACCGGUGCGGAAGCGGACAAGCUGGGCAACUCCAUCUCUGGCGGUCAGCCGACGGGUUCGGUAGCGGCAGCGGCCGCCGUUGCAGCUGCCUCCGCCGCAGCCGUACACGGUGCACCACCACCGCCGACCGCAGCCUCACCGUACCAUCAGUUCCUGGCCUCCCAUCACGGUACGCGCCCGUACCAAUUCAUGAACCAGUUCGAUCCCAUCCAUCAACAGUACCUGCGGCAGGAGGAGCUACGGGCUCAGAUGAUGAUCAACCAGGGGCUGCUGGGGGCACCGCCCGGUGCUGCGCCACCCGGUGCGUACGGUCAGCCCGGCUACCAUCAUCCGGCGAUCGGGAUGCACAAACCGUACGACGCAAUGAACAGCAUGAACCGGUCACCAUUUCUAUAACAUCCGCAACCACCGAUCGGUGUGAACUUAUCGGAGGGACAGCAAUAAUCGGGACCCGAACACGGAAGGACAAAGCCGACAUCACAAAGCAGUGUUACCCCCCAGUACGGGGGUAGGAAAAGGAUCCUUUUUUUUUCUAACUAAAUCCGGUUAGAAAAGAAAAUGUUAGGAUGUCGGGUAGAGAAGAAUCCAGAGCUCUAGAUUCUCAGAUUUGUAAUCUUAAGUUUGAAGUGUCUCAGCGUGAAAAAUCCUAAGCGUCCUCAUGUUUGCACUUGUACACACGGUGCAAAAAAAGCAGCUGCAAUUACACUCAACGGUCGUAUUUCGUAGCUUUUCCGCCACCGUGCACUGGCGCUUUACUUGAUAUCAUCUAUCAGUCUAUCUAGUAGAGGGUUAAGCUACUUUCCAAUUGAGUGUGUUUCUUUUAUAGUUUGACCUCACAAAUUGUGCUGUACGCGUCGAAAAGCGUUUUGCAAAGCCCCGUAACAGUUUUUUUUGCGUUCGAUAAACUGCUUCUCGAGGGCCUUUCGUUUGUUUGUGCCACAGAUGAUCGAGAAGCGAGAAUGAGAGAGAGGGAACGCAAGGACAUGAAGUAAUGCUCCGAUGUACAGUUUUCGUUUUUGGUUUUGUUAUUUUUUUAAAAAUCAUUUUUAUCCCACGGAAACUCACCGGACAAAUUGAAAUGUUUGUUGUAAUAAUAGUUUGUUUACUGUACAUACACAUACAUAUACACUAUCCCCUCCGCUGUUUCUCGUCCUAGACGGCGAUCCAGUGAUAAGUGAUAGCUGUUUAUUGUCGCCCGUAGGUUGCAAAAAUUGCAAAUUGUUUUGUGGAGGGGGGGGGGAGUCCACUGAAAAUGUUACUUUACCUGUCCUAUCCUGGUGGCUUUACGCUUCAAUAGUUGGGUGGGAUGGGUGUGUGUGUAUAGUUAUGAAUCUACUAUUUGCCAGCCUAACAUAGACCAAAUGCGAAUGCGGUUUCAGGACGAACAGGUGCAGAAGAACCCAUUUUGUUACUCGCCGAAAAUGCGCUUGGUUCAUUUUAUUGAAAUACCAAUCUUUUGCAGCAUUCAUGAAACAGUGGCAUAUAGAAGGAGAGAGAGAGACACACAAACAUUGGAUCAAACUCACCCAGCAGUAAAGGAUGGUAAACCAUAUUUUAACAACACACACACAAGCUAAGCUAACGAUAUUCGUGUACAAGUGAGAUAAACCAGCAAGGAGAGGAGGAACUCGCGUUUUUGUAACAUUUCCAACAAAACAGCAGCAGAGUGUGGGAUAGUAGCAGCAGACGACGGAAAAAAACCACAAAAGCAUACAAACUAGGAAAUAGGAAAUCUGUAGUAAUUGUAAGUAAGUAAGCUAUAACAGGAAGAGAAGAAAUAAAGUUAGAACAAAAAAGGACACAUAACAAAAUAAGCAAAAAAGCAUAAAGGAGGUAUGGAAAAGGUAAGAGAGAAAGAGCAUAUGUUUAGGAGGGGGGAAAAAAGAGAAAACAAAGCAAGUACUUUAGACGUUUUGCAUUAUAAUCAAAAUUUGACUAAGAGAUCUCUAUUUAUUCUGAACAGAAAAGGGGGAUGCCAUUCUGUAUUACAAUUCCCCCAAUUGUGUGUGCCUGUGUCUAUUUUAGAUGUGUUUCUCACUGUUUUUUUUUUUUGGUUUUGUUUUUCUCCUGUCCAUUAUUAAGCGUAACAAGGAACUUAUGCUCUGUGGCAUACAAACCGUUUGUACAAGGUAAAAACAGUUGUAUAAUGCUUCAAAAGUCAAGUGAAUAAAAAGUACAUCAAACAAGUGGUUAGUACAGAUCGAUCCUCCCGAAAAGGAUCUUCCCUGAUCAUUGUUCUUUCUUUCUCGCUCGCUCUUUCUCUCUCACUCUCUCCUUUUUGUGGUUAGAGCAGAGCACUCAAACAGGAUUAACCUACCUACCCCAAACCAAACGGGGGAAACGUGUGCCGAUGUAAAUAGAUCUUUUUUUAGUGAAGGAAAAGCUUAUCAUACUUUUUCUUGGUGUAAAUACAUUAUUAAGUAAGAAAAUCCGCUAUCAUCCCCAAUGCGACCAACAGUACACAUCUCUUCACUGACAAAAGGAAGGACUAACUAACACUGUGUUUGUUGUAUGUACUGCUGGUGCGUGUAGGCUAAGUAAGAAACUUGUUAAUUUGUAGCAAAGAAAAAAAGUGAAAAUGCUACAACAAAAUGCAACACAACACGCGUACUUUUAGGAAGGAGAGGCAUGAUAGCCCCCAUCGGAACAGAUUAGUUAAAUACCGCGCGUUCGUUAGUAAUACUAAUACCACGACACGACACGACACGACACGUGCACACUAGAACUUUAUUCCCGAUUGUUUCCACGCAACCACCGGCUGUAUCAGUGUAUCUGAAGCAAGACAGUUGUUUAGUAGAGGUGAGCAUUAAAGCAUGUACAAAGAUUGGUGAAGCCUAUAUUGAUGAAUACCGCGAUACCAAACCAACACAACACUUGUACGCCAACGGCAUAAGGAACUGUUUUUCGAGACGUACAUAUUUAUAGUAGUAAACCGGUGUGUCGUAGGCAGUAGUAGUAGGGUGUGUCUGGUGUCUGUGCUGCUGUGCCUGUUGUCUGGUGUGUGUGUGUGAGAGAGACCAUUUCAAUCGCAGAGGGUUGAAGACAAAUUAAUCGCAAACAAACGCCACCACAAACCACGCCGUGUGUUGUUUGUUGUGUGGUGUACUGUAGCACGCUAGCAAUAGUAAAUCGCGCUGCGUUUGUGUGCAGCAUGUUAACUGAUGGGAUGUUUUGUAGCAAAAAAAAACAGUUGUAAUGGUAAGGAGGAACUGCUUGUUUGGUUAAAUUGACAAAAAAAAGAAAACCCCUUUUUCUGUGUUGUAACGUUUUCGGUACAGUUUUCUAUUUGAUGUAGUUUAAAAAAAAAGGAAAUCGAAAUUUAUCCAUAUUCGACACUAUUAUUAUUAUGAAACUGAAAGCAUAACAGGAUAACAGCAUGGUAGCGACGGUAGGUAGAGAAUAGAUUAAAAAUCAACCACAGUGUAUUACGCCACGCUACGCGAUAUACGGUUAAAUGUGUUUCACUGUUUUGGUUUUUGGAACAAAACUCUUGCGUUUCGUACCUAAUGAUAAUGUAUAAUCUUAUGCAAAUCGAUUGUAAAGUGUGAAUGGAAGCAAAAGUAGUGCAAAAACAGUAUGUGUGAGAAAGUAAGCGAGCUGUAAAACAUGUAAAACACAGACACACAACAAACAAAACUAAGAAAUAAAAGAAAAUA